AUGGUGACUCAACCGCGGUUGACAAUGCGGUCGAUCCCACAAGGUCAAUCCUUUCGCGCUGAGUGGUACGCGGGGUGCUUUUGCUUUCGAUUUUGGCAGUUUGGUACUUGGGAGGAGGUCAUCAUCGACGACCGCCUUCCAGUGCGACCCGGUGGUCGACCCCUCUUCAUCCACUCCAGCCGGCACACUGAGUUCUGGCCCGCUCUCCUGGAGAAGGCCUAUGCCAAGUAA